AGUCUCACCACCAAGAUGUUAAAAGUGAAGAGGCUGGAAGAAAUCAACACAUGUUAUAACAGUAACAAACUGGAGAAAAUGGCCUUUUUACACUGCAUGGAAAAGGUUGAGAAAGUGAAAUGUUUUCUGGAAGAAAGUUCUAGUGAACAGGAUUCAAGAUCCGGAAAGAAUGAGGCCAAGGAGAAGUCACGGUCACACCCUGGCCUGAAGGAAAUGACACCUGUCAAGGGCAAAAGGACAUCGGCCCUCACAGAUGAUGUCCUAGCUCCUCCUGCCCCCUUUAAUCACCGUAUCGUGACAGCCAAACAAGCAGCAGUCAACAGUUUUUACACUGUGAGCAGAACGGAAAUUUUAGGAGGGGGACGCUUUGGUCAGGUUCACAAAUGUGAAGAGAAAGCAACAGGUCUCAAGCUGGCAGCCAAGAUCAUCAAGACCAGAGGCACCAAGGAUAAGGAUGAAGUGAAGAACGAGAUCAACAUCAUGAACCAGCUGGAUCAUGUGAACCUAAUUCAGCUCUAUGAUGCCUUCGAGUCUAAGAAUGACAUUGUGCUGGUCAUGGAGUACGUGGAUGGAGGGGAGCUGUUUGAUCGCAUCAUCGAUGACAACUACAAUCUGACUGAGUUUGACACCAUUCUGUUCAUCAAGCAAAUAUGUGAGGGCAUAAAACAUAUGCAUCAGAUGUACAUUCUCCAUUUGGAUCUGAAGCCUGAGAAUAUCCUGUGUGUGAAUCGGGAUGCUAAACAAAUAAAAAUUAUUGAUUUUGGAUUGGCCAGAAGAUACAAACCCAGAGAGAAGCUGAAAGUGAACUUCGGAACCCCAGAAUUUCUCGCUCCUGAAGUUGUGAACUAUGAUUUUGUUUCCUUUCCCACUGACAUGUGGAGUGUGGGCGUCAUUGCCUAUAUGCUACUGAGUGGAUUAUCCCCCUUCCUGGGUGAUAAUGAUGCUGAGACCCUGAGCAACAUCCUGGCCUGCAGGUGGGACUUACAGGAUGAAGAAUUUCAGAACAUCUCUGAGGAAGCCAGGGAGUUUAUCUCCAAGCUUCUGAUUAAGGAGAAGAGUUGGAGAAUAAGUGCAAGUGAGGCUCUCAAGCACCCAUGGCUGUCAGACCACAAGCUCCACUCCAGACUCAUCUCACAGAAGAGGAAGAAUUGCUGCUCUAAUGAGAAGGACCUUGUGACCAAAUAGUCCAUGGAAGGCAC